UUGUGUGUUCAUAAAAAUUUUACUUUCAUGUUUUCACUAAACAUUAUUCAGUAUCAGUAUUCUGGUGGAAGUUGUAGUAUUCACACUUCUGGUUAUCGUAUUGAAGACUGGUUAUUUCGAGGAACAACGAUUACGAGACGAAUCGCACGUCGACCACAAUUGAGAAAACAAUGAAUUUUCAACAAAAUAAUUCAUUCAAAUUUGCAAUAAUAUUUUAAAUAAGCAGGUUUACUUAUGCCAAUAAAAUAAUAGUGUAGUUCGUGAUAAAGACAAUUUUUAAAAUGGUUCGAAAAAAUUCGUGUGUUGUGUUUAUUAUUUUUGCUGUAGCUAUAGUUCAAGCGGUGGGUUUCGACACGGAACUAUUUGAUACGAUUCCUUGUGAUAGCAAUGCGUGUUUUGACUCGCUUCAUGGAGCUCUCGGAGAUUGUUCAUGUAACGUCGACACGAUUGAUUAUUUCAAUAACGUGAAAAUAUUCCCUCGCAUCCAAAGCCUGGUAAGCAAAGACUACUUUCGAUUUUAUAAAGUUAAUUUGAAGAAAGAGUGUCCAUUCUGGGCUGACGACAGCAGAUGCGCUAUGAAGUACUGUCACGUCAAAGCUUGUGCAAAAGAAAGUGUGCCAGGAUUUGAUGGAUACGACAAUGAAUAUUUGGAAGAAUCACCUGUGUUGAAGUACACUAAAGAAGCUCAGUCGCCGUGUAACGGAGACGCAGACCACGACCCGGACCUAGGAUACUUAAAUUUAACUAUAAGUGCUGCAAGUCAAUUUGAAAUAGCUAAGUGGAAAGCCUAUGAUGAUUCUGUUGACAAUUUCUGUCAAUGUGAUGAUAAAGACGCGGAAGCAGAGUAUGUAGACCUCUCACUAAACCCUGAGAGGUACACAGGAUACAAAGGGCCAUCAGCUCACAGAAUAUGGAGGAGUAUUUAUCAAGAAAACUGUUUCCGUCCAAAAUCCAAUCCUUAUGAAUCAUUUCCAUAUGUUCUAAGUUCAGAUUUGGGUAACAUGUGUUUGGAAGAGAGAGUGUUCUACAGAGCAGUGUCUGGGCUGCACGCUAGCAUUAAUAUCCACUUGUGUUCAAAGUAUCUGCUAUCAGAAAAGAAGCUUGGUUUUGCUGCACCACCUGAUGGUGAAUGGGGGCCGAAUCUAGAGGAAUUCCAGCGUAGAUUUGAUCCAUCACAGACUCAUGGUGAAGGACCUAACUGGUUAAAGAAUUUGUACUUUGUAUAUCUAUUAGAAAUGAGGGCGCUCGCCAAAGCAGGUCCUUAUUUGGAGCGUGAAGACUAUUUCACUGGUAAUCCUAUUGAAGACGAAGAAACAAGAGGUGCAAUACGAAAUAUGUUAGGAGUCAUAUACUCAUUCCCUGACCAUUUCAAUGAGUCACUAAUGUUCAAUGGAACCCAAGCCACCAAACUAAAAGCUGAGUUCAGAGAGCAUUUCUUGAAUAUUUCGAGAAUUAUGGAUUGCGUUGGUUGCGAUAAGUGCAAACUAUGGGGUAAAUUACAGACGCAGGGGUUGGGAACAGCGUUGAAGAUUCUCUUUUCAGGUCGAUGGGACAGUGAGGACCGACCGGAGCAAGGGACGUUGACCUUAAGGCAUAAGGCACAGAAACGCUUACAGAGGACAGAAAUUGUGGCCCUGUUUAAUGCUUUCGCAAGGCUGUCAAAUAGUAUCAGAGAACUGGAGAAUUUCAGGAUCAUGCUGAGCGGUCACAAGGAAGAGACGAAGGCCAACAUUUUCGCGGGAGAUUCCAAUAAAAUUGACGUCAGGAAAGAAAAAUGUUCUUCGGGUGGUACUAAACCGAGGAUUUGGAGUUAGUUUGAAUUGUGGUUAAUCCUACGUGUUUAGUCUAAAUUGUUAGUACAUUUUCGUAAUGUAUGGAGGCACUUUUGCUUAGCAUCUAUCCGCAGGUAGUGGAUUUGAGAAAGUACAACUUUCUAUUACUCCUUUGUGGUGUAUCGAUUCCUAAUUGACCUAAAGUUAUGUCACAAAUAGAUAAGAGACAAAGAGGAUCUCUUGAUUAAAUUGUUUGUUUUUAUUUAUAUGAUGAAAAUUAUUUUGUUAAUAUAACGAAAUUAUUUUACAAAAAUUGAUUGAAAUUUUGAAGUUAAAAUGUUUAAGAUACUUAACGGCAGUUGUGAAAAUAAGCGUCUUUAGUUCUUAUUACUUAUUCGUUUAUAUUUUAAAUAAUUAUU